GUCAACAAAUGGCCGUAUAAUCUUUUCAUUGCAUAGUAGGUCUUUUGAUGAAAGGCCUGUGUUGUAGUUAGUAAAUUAUAGGUCUUUUUUUUUUCUCUGAUCGGUGUCUUAGAUUGGGAGAAUUACUACUGGGAGUUGUAUUUUGUAUAUGCAUAUAUUUAUAUAUAUUUGUUGCUUUUGAAAAUUAAGUUGCUAUGAGUGUAUGCUGCUGUUGUAUUUUGUUUACUAUGAAAGCUAUUCUUGUUCCGUGUGUGUUACGUUUGGGCCCAAGCAGGAAGCUCGAGUUGUUAGCUGCCCUAGCUUUAAGUUAUGUCAUGGGGUAGCUGACUUGAAUGGCAGCAAAUCUUUCAGGUCUAGGUGACUACCUCCAAAGCAUGGUUUUGCUUAUAGCAGUCUGGAAGCAAACUGUUCCUGUCUUGGAGAAGAUUGCCUUGGAAAAGAAAUGUAAGGGUAAUGUUGGAAAUAUUGGUAUGGUAAUCUGCAGAUGCUGCUCCACAGCAGAUUUCAAAGUGAAUCAUGGAUGAAAUACUACAGCAUCAAUUGUCUGUAACCUUUCAGGUUAAAACAUAAAGCUGGGACAUACUGUGAUACAAUAAUGGAUCAGAACACUUUUUCACACGCACGAUUUUGGUGUCCCAAGCCAUUUGGGACCUAUUCCCAAAACAGACAGUGUAGUGCUGAUGAAAUCAGGAAGCCAAGUGAUAUUCCCUGUAGAACAAAAGAGGAAGAGGAUGUCAGCUCAGAAAACACACCUCCUGCCCCACCCCCUUCCCUUGCUUCCUCCAGCACAAAUCAAGUGGAAGAUGGUCGUGUUCUUUUGGAUACAUGGUACGUUAUCAAGCCUGGUAACACCAAGGAGAAGAUAGCUUUCUUUGUAGCUCAUCAGUAUAGCGUUUCCAGAAAUAAUGCAGUGAAAAUCAAAGGUAAAUGGGGUGCUGACUGCUCAAAGGCCAAAAGGAUGCGGUGGUCGCAUGACUCGAACAAAGUAAAUACUUGCCAGCCUAAAGCAAAAGAAACUGAGAAAGAUGAUCCAUUUCCAUGUCCAGAGUUAAAUAAGUUUGAAAGCUUAGAGCCCAGUAGUGUUGUGUGCGAGACUGACCUGUUGUCUGUUGCUGAAAUGGUUGCUCUUGUGGAGCAGAGGACUGCACUAGCAUUACAGAAUUGCCACAGGCCCUUUUCUGGUAAUCCUUGCUGUCCAGUGCAGUCAAGAGGCUCUCCUCUGUUUUUCAUUUCUACAAACCAGGAAACUGAUGGAUGUGAAAGAAAAUCAGUUGAUUCUAAUAAAGUUGCAGAAGCAAUUGCACAUUUUGAGUCUCAGCAGCUUAGAGAAAGGAGGGUUUUGAGGCGAAAUGAUACUUGCAGGGAACCUAAUGUAAACCCUUCUGAAUGUGUUGCUAGUUCCCAGCACACCCCUGGUGAGGUAAGAAUUGCCUUUAGAGUGUCUAGUGUAGACUCUAGAUCCCCCACGGAGGGUGGAGCUGCCAGCCUUCCAAACCGUAUGUUCAUGAGUUGCAGUGGUUCCACUAAUGGCACUAGAUCAAAGGAGAAGAUCACAUGUGAUUUAUACCAGCUGGUAAGCCCUUCUUGCGAUCCACGCUCAAAUAAUGUUGAGCUCUUGCUGGCCAACACUUCACCAAAAUCGGACAGUUGUAGCAAUGGGACUUGUUCACAGAAUGAAUUGUCCAGUGAUGGUCAAGCACUUCCAUUGAAAAAGGAUAGUGUUGCUGAAUGCAGAGCUUCAGAAAAGAAGGGGGCAAGCCAGAGAGAGUAUACAGCUGGCUUUCAUGUUGAUGUGGUAGUUACUGGGGGUGUGGACCAAUGUGUGUUUUUUGGAAAGGAUUGCACUGAGAAUGUCAAAGAAGAGACUGUGCGCUUGACUGUGAGUUCACCUUCUAAAGAUAAUUCUGCACCCUGUGAAGAUCCACCACCCGGACAACUGUUUUUUCUUCAUUCAUUAGGUCCAGGCCAAGAGUUUUGUAGCCAUGAAGACAGUCGAAAGGUUGAAAAUUCUGUCCUAGAUUCUAAAAAUAACAAUGGCUGUAAAAGGCUAGAUGUUUGUGAAGCCUCCGGUCCUGACCAAGAACAGUCCGAUACCUCCCUCUGUCGUCUGUACCGCCAUGUGUCACAUGACUUUUUAGAAAUUCGGUUCAAGAUCCAGAGGUUGCUGGAACCUUUGCAAUAUAUGCUGCUACUUCCAGAUCACAUUAUGGUGAACAUUUUCAGUUAUCUUCCAACUCUGUCUCUUGCAGCCUUGAAAUGCACUUGCCAUCACUUUAAGUCUAUCAUUGACUUUUAUGGUAUCCAUGCAAUAGACUCUAGGUGGAAUAGGGACCCACUUUAUCGAGAUGAUCCUUGUAAACAAUGCAAGAAACUUUAUAAAAAAGGUGAUGUUUCUUUGUGUCGGUGGCACCCCAAACCUUACCACCAUGACUUGCCUUAUGGACGUUCAUAUUGGAUGUGCUGCAGACAAACUGAUAAGAGUACCCCUGGGUGCAGGGUUGGGCUUCAUGAUAAUAAUUGGGUACAGUCCUGUGAUAUGAUAAAGGACAGAGGAAAAUGAGAAGAUGGGAGAUGAAUUUUGAGGCAUACCACUGUUUUAUAAGUAGCACACUUGCUGGUUUUGAGUUUGUCUGAACAUGUGUUAACCCCCCCCCCCCCCCAAAAAAAAAGUGGUGUACAUUCUGCUAAGAUCAGAAGCCUUGUUUAAAAGGCAUGUGAACUCUCCUAGGGUGUCUUGGCAGGCCAGGAUUUUAAUGUGCUUUAGUUAUCUAAAUUUUAGUAUGCUGUAUUAAGGAAAUUCAAACGUCACAUUGCCCUUCCCACUCCUUUCAUUUUUGAGCAUCUUGUGUUUUUUUUUAGUGAGGUGAUCCAUAUUAAGAGCAUUCAUAACUGGUUUGAGAUUGUAGUACAGUUCUUUUCAGAACUGAUAUUUGAGUUUGAAGCUCAGCAAGGAAGAUUGGCUUGAGCCUUUAUUUGUUGUAGGUAGCGCAGUUACAUUUCUCACACAAGCCUUUACAUCUGGCAAAAGAUUGAGAAAGUGGACUGUGUUACCUCUAAUGCUGUUGUGUGCUAUUUCAGAGGCCUUGCCAGCUAAGAAGCAGGCCUUCCCUUUCAUCAAAUAGCAGUACUCUGGUAAACUGCAUUUCCUUUGUGUGCAUUACUGUCAAAUUCAAAUGUUCUGUCCAUGACACUUGUUUGAUCAGUCUUGGUGUCGGUCCUUCAGUUUUGAAUGAGCAGCCAUUGAAGCAGAGACUUUUUUUUUUUCUUUCUGUCUUUCUUUUUAUUUAUUUAUUUAUGUUUCUUAAUCUGGAUUCCUUUCACUCUCUUAAACCACCCCUGAGUGGGCGAUUAGGAUUAAUAUGUCAUGAUGUGGAUGGCUUGGCAGCAAUGCCAUGUCAUUGAUUUAAGUUGCGUUUUUAAAAUGUACACCCUGUGAAUUGACACUUUUUUAACAGGGUACUGUUAGUGACAGGAGUCUUUGGUUUAAAUUGGAUUCAUAACUUUUUUUAAAGCGAAAUCCACUUGCCUCUUAAUGUGCCAUCAUGAUGUUUGACAUCCGUCGCACUGUCUUCUUAUGGGGGAAGUAUGUAGCAGAGCUGCAUUACUAUUAAAUACUAUGUCUGUUAAUUUGGCUGUCUUGCAAGGAAUCUGAUCCCUUUUCUGUUUGUACAUCUGUCUUUUGUGAAGUAAAAUGGUAGGAUCCAUAAACAGACAUAUUUUUGUGAUUUUUUUUUUUUUUUUUCCAGUAAGUUUUCCUAAUGAAAAAUUUAAACUUUAUUUUUUCUCCAGUGGCUUUUUUGUUCAUUGAAGAAAGCAUGAUGAUUUGUGCUUUUGUGUGUCUGCACUUGUGUUAUUACAGUAAUUGUUUUCUGAUUUAUGGCUAUAUUGUCAAUUGUGCAUUAUUAUUCUGACAUGAUGCCUUUAAAAGUUUAAUAUUUUACACUUGUGUGUGUGCAUUGUAGAACACUUUGUCAGGCUUGCUUUCUGUGCAGAGGUCACACUUUUUUUUUCUUGUGUGUGUUUUCCUUUGUUUAGUGUGUGGGAGGGAGCGGUCUUCUCCCAAAUCCCAGACACCUUCUCCCAACUGCCUGAGAAAUUGGGUAUAUUUGUGUAGUUACAAAUUACCCCUGGAUGUACUUAAGUGUGUCCUUGUGAGGACUGGUGUAUUCUCAAAGAUUGACUUCUCCUUUGGGUUGGGCUUUAGCUCUUUGUAACCCUGAAGUAGGUUAAACAGGUAGUGCUGACUAUUGUACGUAAUAAAGCGUAUUGAUAAGUUUGCUAAUUAUUUUUUUAUUUUAUCCUUUGUCUUCCAUGCUUGCCAACUAGUGAGCAUCUUCAGUUGGACUUUCAUGUUAUCUUUUUCAUCUGCCAGGUCUACUGUUGUGGAGGGGAGAUGUUCAAAGUGGCCUAGAAUUCAGCCUUUUGUGAUGAUACUGUGCUUCCACCAUACCAUCUGUUAGCUGCAAAGGAUUGGUGUCUUUGUCUCCUGGCCUUGAUUUAGUAGGUAUGCCAUCCAGUCGGAGCCCAUAUAGUACUUUUACAGCUCUGUCUCAAAGGUUGAAAGCUAAAUUGCCACCAAUUCCCUCAGCCCAGAUGAACCAGAUCUUUGCAAUCUGGCCAUUUUUGUUUGUCUAACCACUGGCCCAGAGUAUGUGAAGUUGGUGAUUGCUGCAGGAGCCUCCUGCACCGUUCCCUGAUGUGUGCAUUUUCGCACAUUUUCCUUGAGCUGUCAUCUCCACCUUUGACAUUCAAAUUCAUAGCCCUAGUUUGUGGUCCUUUUUAGUAUGUUAGUCUUUCAUUUGCACAGCAGUUAACUGACUGGGAACCUCCACCCACCCAAGAUGGAUGAGCCAGUGUAAGUCUCUCACCCUUGCUUGCCUAUGUGCUCCAGUUCUCCAAGCCAGUGUGCAACACUGGUCAUAGUUAGGGUUUUAUUUGUACUACAAAUGCAAUGUUUCUGUUAGAUUUUUUUUUCUUUUGGGACUUUGACAGUGUGUUUUUAAUUUUGACGCCUGAUACAUAAUCAGUUUGGAAAUUUAAACAGUUGAGGAAAAGCUAUUGACAGCUGUUUUCAAACAUGCAGUGUACUUUUAGCUUUGCACACAUGGUGUGAGAUUAUAUGCACUUUUUUUUCUAGCAAGGUGGAACAUUUCAGAGAUGCAGCUGUGCAUCUGAAAGCUGUGUGCAGAUUUAUUUUUGGGGAAGGGAUGGUUGUGGAGAGAGCUGUUUGGAUCACUUAAACUUCCAUUUGUCCACUCUCUUGGUGGUUCUCCUGAGUAUGCAGUUUAAUGCACUUGUAAAUCAUUUCUUUUCCCUUUUGGGAGGGGUAUGGAUAUGCAGGGUAAGAGUGAACCUUAAACGUUAAUUUAUAAAAACUGUAUGGUAGAUAUUCUGAAGCCUUUGUGGGCUCCCAUGUUUGUCUGUUAAUCACUCCUUAAAAGCAACUUUUAUCUGUGUUGUAGUAGACAUUUUCAGUCAAAACUAAGACGCGAAACCAGAGUCCACCUUUUGUGUGUAAUUGAAAUAAUGCAAUACAUCCAGCUUAAAAUGUUCAGUAUGACUUCUGUUUAUAUGUACAUGGUUUGUCUUGGGAUCCAAAUAUACUGUUCAGUUUACGAUAUAUGUAUGCCUGUUUGGGGCUGUAAUGCAAUGGAUAUGCAAAAAAGCUUGUAUCUGAUGACCUUGUUGGGUAAGUACUGGUAGCCAUGCCUACCUAAUGAGAGCUUCGCUAAACUUUAUCAGAUAAUGUGAACAGUACCUGCCACUUACAGUAAACUGAGACACCCUAGGAGAGUGUAGCUGCUGUCACAAUUUUAGACUUCUGGAAAUGCACAUAUGCAAGAAUGAGUAGUUACACUUGCUGCAUUAUAUUGUUUGUUGUUUUUUGUUUUUCUUUGCUGUGUGUGUGCGCGUGUAUGGUUGAGAAUUGAAGCAUGAAGUAGCUGUUUGUAGUACUUGUGCAUUGAGGAAUGCAGCAGGAAUUUUGUGCUUUCCCUAAGUGACAGAUCUAUAAUUGGAUUUUGUAGAAAAUGAAAUGUACUGUGCAUUUUCCCCUGUGUAUCCAGAAAGAUGAAACUUUCAAAAGAUGUAAUAACAAUCUCUGUAGUUUAAAAAUAUUGCUAAAUUCUAUCUUGCUCAGAGCAAACAAGAUGUUGACUGAAUUUUUUUUUUGUCUGCAGUCAUUAAACAGAUAACAAAG